UAACCCACACACAUCACAGAGAGAGAGAGAAGCCGACAAUGGAAACAAACUAAACUAAAGAACGAGACGAAAUUAAAGUCUCAGCUCUGCCCUGCCAACUGAAUAUAUAUACAUAAAGAAGAAAGCUUUCGAUCGAUCAAUAAUAUGUAUAUAUAUUCAGCCAUGCAAGACAUUGCUGGGAUCCUAUGUGGUUGGGUUUUAUGUCUUUUGGUGUUCUACUUGGUAUACGUUAAGGUUAUUAUUGUCCCCUCCAAAAAGGGCGCCCUGCCCAGAUCCUACCCCUUCGCCGGCCACCUCUUUUCCAUGCUCCGCCACAGGAACACCAUCCUCGACUGGACCGCCGACCUCCUCCGCAAGUCCCCCACCUCAACUUUCACCCUCCGCUUCCCCUUCGGCCGCGCCAGAAUCCUGACCGCGAACCCCAACAACGUUCAACACAUCAUGAAGCUCAGGUUCAAGGACUACCCGAAGUCGCGAAACUUCGAGGACUCCUUCCUCGACCUCUUCGGCGAGAGCCUUUUUCUCGCCGACGGGGAGAACUGGAAGAGGCAGAGGAUGCUCUACGGCGCCGAGUUCCACGCGAAGAGUUUUCUGACUUUCAUCGAGUCGAUCACCCUGGAGGAGCUGUCAGAGAGGAUGUUCCCGCUCCUCUCUGCCGCUGCCCGGGGUGAGAAGGUGCUGGACUUCCAAGAAGUCAUGCGCCGGUUCACCUUCGACGUGGUGGCGAGGCUCGGCCUCGGCCACGACCUCGCCUACCUCUCCCCGUCGUUCCCGGAGACGGAAUUCGGGGACGCGUUCGACGAGGCCAUCGAAAUAUGCUGGAAGCGGUGCCUCUCCCCGUUCAUGACCGCUUGGCGGCUGCAGAAACUUUUUGACUUGGGGUCCGAGUGGCGGCUCCGGCGGGCGGUGGCAGUUCUCCGGAGACUCAUCAGAAAGUUAAUCAAAGAAAGGAAGGAGUUUGGAGACGACUUCUUGUCGAGGUUGAUGAGCAAGAAGAUAACAGACGAGAAGUUCCUCAUCGACGCCGCCAUUGCGAUCGUUCUUGGCGGCGUCGACACGAUGGUCUCCGCCUUCACUUGGCUGUUCUGGAUCGUCGCCCGCCACCCCGAGGCGGAGGCGAAGAUCCUCAGAGAGAUCGAGGAUUACGACGCCGGGAAGAUCAAAGAACUGGUGUACAUCCACGCCGCCGUCGCCGAGAGCAUGAGGCUCAACCCGCCGGUGCCGCUUGAGGGAAAACAGGCGAGAGUCGACGACGUGUGGCCCGACGGGACAAGGGUGCAGAAGGGGAUGGGAGUGAUCUGCCACACCUACGCGGUGGGCCGGUCGGCGGCGGUGUGGGGAUCCGACUGGGCGGAGUUCAAGCCGGAGAGAUGGUUGAAGAAAGAAGACGGCGCCGGCGCCGGGGAGGAGCGGUGGAGUUUCGCGGCGAAGGAUGCCUUCACUUAUCCGGUGUUUCAAGCCGGACCGAGGAUAUGCUUGGGGAAGGACAUUGCGUUCAUCCAGCUGAAGAUGGUGGCCGCAGCCGUGUUGCGGCGUUUCCGGGUGGUGGACGCCGCGGCGAACGGCGGUGGCUUGCCGCUCUGCGAAUCCUAUAUCAGCUGCAGGAUGAAAGAUGGGUUUUCCGUACGCAUUGUGGAGCGUGGUAGCAUGCAGCAAAGUCCACAAAUUAAAAAUGGAGGGGUUGCAUAAAUUCGAUCAAACCAUAUAUUAUUAUGAAAAUAAUUCGUUUUUAAUUAU